AGUUGCGUACAAGCAGUGUUGUAUGCAAGAGAGAGAACAAACAUAGAAUGAGGGGAAGUGUGAGAACGUUGACUAAAAGAGAGGGAAUUGUGGGAGAGAACAUUGGUCACUGUUGGAAGUUAUAUAAAGAGAACGUUGGUGAGAAUAGGGAGAUGGUGAAUAAACGGUGACGAGGAAACAUCAACGAUACCGUGUUUAUCAUUUAAAAGAGGAGGAUUCUACAAUUGGCGCAGCCGGUAAACGAAGCACAGAAAAGAGGAAAUUUGAAACGAGAAAGAUGGAUACUGAACAUUGGCCUUUGCAGCCAUUCAAUGAUAUUGCGGAUGCAUCGGAUCUACGUCGCGAGUGGGAAGAAUGGCAUAGAGCAUUUGAACUGAUUGUCACACUGAAGAAAAUCGAAACACAAAGCGAGAAAUUAGCAUACAUGCUGGCACGUGGAGGUCGGGGCUUGCAGCGGAUAUAUUUCAACUUAGCAGCGGUGCCAGGAGAACAACAUCCAAGGGCAGUUUCGAUACCGUUUAAACAAUUACCAGUACCGGAAUACGACAAUGCCAUCAAACGACUGAACCACUUCUUUCUCGGAAAAAGAAAUGAAAGGAUAGAGUUAGAAGUGUUUCGGUCACUUAAGCAAGAGAAUGAAGAGUCCGUUAAUCAAUAUGUUCUGCGUCUUCGGGCACAAGCUUCUCGAUGUGACUUUCAGGACCGAGUAACAAAAGAAAUAUUACAUCAAAUAACAAUAGGAGCAAAGGACGAAAGAGUUCGGGACAAAGGCUUAGAAGACAUAAUGGAAUUAGAUGAGCUUAUUAAUUAUGCAAUUAACAGGGAAGUAUUAAUAAGCCAGAAAAUGAAAAUUAAAGACAAAGAAAUUGAACCGUCAAUUGCAUACGUCAAACAACAACCAAUGAUAACAAAAAGAAAAUGGCAAGAUACUAGCUGCCACCGUUGUGGGUCAUGGCGACAUAACGGAAAUUCUAAUGAGUGUUAUGCUAGAAAAGCUCGUUGUAAUGCUUGCGGGCGCAUAGGACAUUUCGGUAGAUGUUGCAAAACGGAAGGAGAAAAUGUAACAAAGAAUAGGUUUCAAUGGAAAAAACCGAAAACAGAAUCAUCAGGACAUAUGCAGCGAAAUCAAAGACGAAACUCAGAUGCGGUAGACAACCUUAAUGAGGUAAUAUAAUAAUAAUGAGGGCUCGUAGAAUCCUUGUAGAUUUGACAAUUAAAAUAAUUAAUAUUAUUAUAGCGAUUAACGACAUCACGGCUUUGGGAGAACGGUAUGGUCACAUGUACAUUGGAUCAUGUUCCUGUUGAAUUUUUAAUAGAUUCAGGUGCGUCUGUGAAUACCGUUACGGAGGAAGUAUGGAAAACAUUACAAGAAUUCAAAGCAGAUAUUCACGAUAUCACGUACGACUGUAACAAGAAUAUAACUGCGUAUGCGAGCAAACAACCCAUAAAAAUAAUUCUUAAAUUUAAAUCAUUAGUAACAGUUAACGAAAAUAAGCCAACGGUAUAUGCGGAAUUCUUUGUAGUGCAGAAUAGCAACAAAUCAUUGUUAGGCAAAACUACUGCCGAGCAGUUAAAAGUGUUAAAAGUAGGUUUAGAGGUACAGAAUUUAGAAGAAAAAAUACAACCUUUUCCAAAAUUUCCAAAUAUUCAGAUCAGAUUAUCCAUUAAUAAGGCAAUACCCCCAAAAAAAAAAAUCGUAUAUUAGAGUUCCAAUUGCGUUAGAAAAAAAAGUAGACCGUAAAAUUCAAAACAUGCUUGAUUCUGACAUAAUUGAACCAGUCUUAGGCCCUCCGGAAUGGAUAUCCCCAAUGGUAGUAGUACCAAAGGGAAAAGAUGAUAUAAGAAUUUGUAUCAAUAUGAAAUAUCCAAACCAAGCUAUCCAACGCGAACAUUUUCCGUUACCAGUCAUUGAAACAUUGUUAAACAAGUUACGUGGAUGCAAAAUAUUUUCUAAACUCGAUAUUACUUCGGCAUAUCACCACAUUGAACUUCACCCAGACUCAAGAGUAGUUACCACUUUCAUGACUAGCAAAGGGCUUAUGCGUUUCAAGAGAUUAAUGUUUGGAAUUAAUUGUGCACCAGAAAUAUUCCAAAGAAUUAUGACUCAAAUGUUAAUAGGAAUAGAUGGAGUGGUAAUUUACAUUGACGAUAUAGUUGUAGCAGGUGAAAAUAAAACAGAACAUGAUAAACGCUUAAGGCAAGUGUUAGGAGUCUUAAAACAAAAUAACGCAACCUUGAAUAAGGAGAAAUGUGUAAUUAGUGUUGACAGUUUAGAAAUACUUGGGUACAAGAUAUGUUCGUCAGGAAUUGCACCCGCUGAAGAUAAAGUAGAAGCCAUUAAGAAUUUUAGAAAACCAGCAACAAGGGAGGAAGCUAGAAGUUUCUUAGGUUUGGUAAACUUUGUAGGGCAAUUUAUACAUCAUCUAUCGAGUAGGUCAGAACCUCUACGUAAGUUUAUUAGAGGAGAAGUAGAGACAUUUGGCAAAGAGCAGGAAACAGCUUUUGAUGACCUGCGUACAGAGUUGUCCAACAAUGUUCGUGAAUUGGGGUUCUAUAAGCCCGAGGAUGAGACAGAAUUAUAUGUUGACGCAUCUCCAUCGGGAUUAGGAGCUGUUCUUACCCAGAGAGAUAAGGAAGGAAAAUCUCGCAUUAUAAGUUUCGCGUCAAAGGGUCUAACGAAAACAGAAAGAGUCUAUCCUCAAACUCAAAGGGAAGCUUUAGCAGUUGUAUGGGCAGUGGAAAAAUUUUAUCCAUACUUGUUUGGGAUAAAGUUUACAAUUUUCACCGACCAUAAGACGUUAGAAUACAUUUUUGAAGGAAAACACCAAAAUGGUAAACGGGCAUGUUCAAGAGCGGAAGGUUGGGCUUUGAGAUUACAACCAUACAACUUUGUAGUUAAAUACAUUCCCGGAAACUGUAAUAUUUCUGAUAGUUUAUCGAGAUUGGGAUCAAAUUGGGAUAUCAACAAACCAUUUGACGAAGCUUCAGAGCAUUACGUCUAUACUAUUGACAAUGAAUACGAGGCGAUAACAUUAAGCGAAAUCAGGUCAGAAACAGCACAAGAUGAGACAAUGAAGAAAGUUGUCAAAGCUAUAGAAAAUCAGACAUGGGGCCCAAACUUGGCACAUUAUCAGGCGUUCAGCAAAGAACUAGGAAUUAUACAAGGUAUGGUUGUGAGAGAUGACAGGAUAGUUUUACCAGGAAAGCUGAGACAAAAAGCAUUACAUAUAGCUCAUGCAGGACACCCAGGAGAGGUAACAAUGAAAAGAAAAUUACGAGAGAAAAUGUGGUGGCCAUUUAUGGACAGGGAAAUAGAGUCGUACGUCAAAACGUGUAGUGGAUGUGCAGCAGUAAGGAAAAUGGGCACAGCAGAACCAAUGAUACGGAAAGAAAUGCCUGAACGACCAUGGCAAGACAUAGCAGUAGAUUUUUUUACGGUAAAAGAAUUUGGAACGUUCCUGGUACUAGCUGAUUAUUAUAGUAGAUUUUUAAAAAUUGUGGAAAUGAAAAACAUUACAGCAAGUAAAACUAUUGAAGCUAUAGAAACGAUAUGCAAAGAUCAAACAUUCCCCGAAUCGAUCAGGUGUGACAAUGGGCCUCCAUUUAGUAGUGAAGAGUUUAGAUCGUAUUGCAAAACAAAAGAUAUAAAGAUAGUACAUUCAAUUCCCUAUUGGCCCCAAAUGAACGGACUAGUAGAGCGAAAUAAUAGAGGAAUACUAAGAACAUUAAGAAUUGCAAAAGCACAAAACAGUGAUUGGCGUAAAGCUAUUGAAGAGUAUGAACAUAUGUACAAUACUACACCACAUUCCAUAACAGGUAAAGCCCCCCUAGAAUUAUUAAAUGGAAGGCCAGUUAAGGGACUAUUACCAUCAUUAAAAACAGCAACAGAUUGGAACCGCGACAAAGAUGUGAAAGAGAGAGAUGCGAUACGGAAAAUGAAAGGAAAAAUCUAUGCGGAUGAGAAGAGACGAUCCAAACCUUCUGACAUUGAAGUAGGAGAUAUAGUUCAAAUAUGGAACUAUCACCAAGGAAAGGCAGAGCCAAAAUAUGGAACUGAAAGAUUUAGAGUCAUAAAAAGGGUUGGAAACGAUACUAUAGUAGUAAGUAAUGAAGGAGUUAAAUAUCGCCGGCCUGUUGCACACUUAUAUAAGAUUCCCCUGGUAGAAGCGAUAAAAACAAAGAAUUCACAAAAUAGUAAACAAAAAGAUGGUAACCAAAGUGUAGGUAAACGUCCAAUACGAGUUCGAAGAAUUCCAAAUAGGCUAAAGGAUUAAGAUAAUAGUUUUUUUUCUCUCUCGUAUAUCAAUGUAAAUAUUAAAAUACAAUGUAAGUUUUGUAGUACUUUUGAAAUUGGAUUAACUUCAGAGGAGAAAAAGGAUGUAGAGUUGCGUACAAGCAGUGUUGUAUGCAAGAGAGAGAACAAACAUAGAAUGAGGGGAAGUGUGAGAACGUUGACUAAAAGAGAGGGAAUUGUGGGAGAGAACAUUGGUCACUGUUGGAAGUUAUAUAAAGAGAACGUUGGUGAGAAUAGGGAGAUGGUGAAUAAACGGUGACGAGGAAACAUCAACGAUACCGUGUUUAUCAUUUAAAAGAGGAGGAUUCUACAAUCAGGUGG